CUAGACCGUUAAGGCCUUUCCCAUCGUCUUCAACGCUAGUUCACACCAUGCUGCUGCGCCGGAACCUCUCCCCCAAACCCUUCUCUCUCCUCCACUCAAUCACCGCCGUCCCCUUCUCCACUUCCACCUCCGCCGUCGAUUUCCUCCACUCCUACACCGUCACCCCUCCGAUCCAAGACUGGCCCCACCACCUCCACCCAAAGCUCCUCAUCUCCCUCAUCACCCGCGAGCCCAAACUCGACCUCUCCCUCCAAAUCUUCCACCACGCCUCCAAAUACCACCCCGGAUUUCACCAUAAUUACCACACCUACCACGCCAUCAUCCGCCGCCUCCUCCGCUCCCGCACUUUUCACCUCGUCGACCCCUCCUCUCCGACCUCCGCAGCUCCAAUCUCCGAUGCAGCGAAGACCUCUUCAUCUCCCUAAUCCGCAACUACGGCGUCGCUUCAGGAGACAAUUUAUAAAAAUAAGUUACAAACGGAUUACAAACGGAGAGGUCCUUGAUUGCUUUGCUGAACGCUUUGGUUCGGGGUGGCGCCGAAUGUGUUUAGUUGUA